AAAUAAAAUUGUCUUGGGAGCUAGUAUGAAUCAAAGAUCACGAUAAACUGAUGGCACUUACGGAUUGCUCUAAGAGAACAAGAUUAACUUAUACCGAUGAGAAAUGAAUUUCCAGAAUUUGGUAUAUUCAUCUUAUCUCAUACUAAGGGUUGUAUUGCAUGAAAAUCGAAAAGUUUAAACACAGCCCAAUAUACACAUUCUAUUAAUUAAUCAAACUAUUUUAUCUAAAAACCGUGAAGAGUUUAAACACAACCCAAUAAAAACAACAAUAAAGGAAAAAAGCAACUCCACGCGCGUUGACUGUCCUGGUCAUUAUAAAAGUCCUGGAAACACAUCCUAUUAAUAUCAAGUGAGGGGAUUAUAAAAAGGCUUGUAAAACUUAUGGAGGCCCAAAUUGGUAAACCCAAACAUCAACCCAAUAAAACAACACUAGAGUUCCAGAACAAUCCACGUGUUAACCCCUUAAAAUUUCCUUUUUUUUUUAAUUCUCCCGCCACUAACCCAAAAAUUUCAAAAAAAACAAAAAAAAAACCCAAAGCUUCUCCAACACUACAACUAUUUUCUUCUUCUCUCCAUUUUCUCUCUCCUCUUCUUCACUCUCUCUCCAAAAUUCCGCCAUUUUCAAACACUCAGAAAAACUCUGUAAAAAUGAUGUACGGUUCAUCUAUCUUCUUCGGAAUCCGCUUCUUCCUUGCUGGAUUCACUCCUCAACAAAUCCUCGAGUAUAAAUCCAGGAUUUUGAGUGAAGGAGGAGUAAUUUAUGAUGAUUAUAGUCCUGAUUGUACUCACGUCGUCGUCCACAACCUCGCCUUUGAUGAUCCUAUCUGUGUUACUGCUAGAAGGGACAAGAAGACGCUUGUAACAAUUAUAUGGCUUAAGGAUAGUUUACGAUAUGGAGAACCGAUUGGCAUUGGUAAUAUCAUGUAUAGGCCACUGAAGGAUCUGAAUGGAAUUCCUGGUGCUAACAAGCUUAUCAUCUGUUUGACUGGAUACCAAGGGAUGGAUAGGGAAGACAUGAAGAUGAUGGUGCAAUUAAUGGGAGCACAAAUUUCUAAACCAUUGGUGGUCAGCACAGUUACUCAUCUUAUAUGCUACAAGUUUGAAGGGGAGAAGUAUGAGCUGGCUAAGAAAAUGAACGUUACAAAAGUUGUCAACCAUCGGUGGUUGGUAGAUUGCCUGGAGGCUUGGAAAAUUCUUCCAGAGGAGCCUUAUAGCAGUAGAAGUGGCUAUGAAUUAGACAUGGAAGCUGAGGCUAAAGAUUCUGAAGACGAGGUUGAAGAUAUAUCUGGAAGAAACAAUGAUGGGAUUACUAUAAUGCAAAAUGAAAUGGGGAAAGCUCAUAGUCAUUUCGUGCUUGCAAGGAAUUUGCCAGAUCCUUCUACACAACAAGGAUUCUCUCAUAACGAUGGAAAAUUGCUGCAAUCUGAUAACUCUGAUUUUCUCAAGUCUGCAAGUGUUAAUAAGUUGGGUAAGCAGCCUGUACUGGACCGUAGAGCUCAGUCUUUGAUGGAAGCUAAAGUUGAUAAUGUUGAUGAACCAAGAGCUGCGUUUCCUCUGUCUAAUCAGACUGGAAAUGGCCGUCCCUCUACUUCUGAAAAUCCGAAGAAUGCUGGUGAUUUUGAUGCUGAGAAUUGUAAUAGUCUAAAAUACUCAAGGAAGACUCCACAGAAAACUGCUCUUCCGUCGCAUGUUGAAGAGGGCUUGGGGAACACAAUUGGAUCAUUAAAAGCUCCAUUGAGCUCAAGAAAAACUCCAAGGUCUGGGGCUUCUUUGCAAACUGCAGGAAAGUCUGGCAAGUCGGGUGGGAGAUCGAAAGAUAAAUCAACUAAAAAGAUAAUUGAAGACAUGCCUACGUUUAAUCUGGACAUAGACAAGGCAGAAGAUGCUUCAGGUUUCCUUGGUGAACCAAGUUCCAAAAGACAUGAUGAAUCUGAUGCUAGCAAGCUUAAUUCUUUGAAAUCAAGAAAAUCACCAGCAAAGUCUAGUCUAUCCUUGCAAUCACCGGGAAAGUUGAGCAAUCAAGAUGGAAAAUUGGAAAUUCCUCUUGCUGAAAAGGUGAUUGCUGAUGUGUGCACCUUCAAUAUAGGGCCAGACCAAGGAAAAGCUACUUCUGAAUGUAGAGCAACAAGUGCAGAGAAGGCUAAUUUAUUUGAUGAGAACGGUCCGGGUGCUUUACUUCCACAAAAGAGGACUUCAGAUGGUGCUUCUCACUCUACUCCCAAAUCUCAGAAGUUAACAUCUUCAGCCAGUAAACGAGUUGAUGCAUCAGAACCUCAUGAGAAAAGGAGUAGUGGGGCCCUUAAUUCUGGCUGCCAAAUAGGAGAUGAAUUUGCCACACCAUCUGUAGGUAGGUCAUCCCCUAAUGUUUCAUCUUCCAAGCUCAAAGCAAAGACCGUUGCUUCCUCUAGAUCUUUGGCUUUCGAGAUGCUGCAAGGCGGUGAACCUAUGAACACAGAUUCUCCAACUACCCCUUUUACCAAUAGUGUUUCUACUUCACCAGUUGUUGGUAACAACAAUGGGCAACCCCAGACUCUGCAGAAAGUCACUGAUACGUCUCUUGGCACCAAUGACUUGGAGGCUGAGAAGUCUGGUAAUCUUAAGCUGAACUCUACUGAUCAAAAUGAUAUUCCAAAACCAUCAAAGAAGAAAAUGGUGGCUAGGAAGACUUUGGGUUCCAAAUCUAAAGUAUGUAGAAGAAGUGCUGAUGUUCAGAGAAGUUGUGCCAGCAAAGACUCUUUUCGAGACGAUGCAGCCAUACACUCAGCUGGUCAGGAAAAUAAAGAGCCGCCUACAGCUUCACCUGCUGCUGAUAAAGUUUUUGUGCCCCCUGCAGUAGAAGAGUCAAAUGGUUUGGGUUCAAAGCCUCACCUGGGUACUGAAAGCAAUAAUUUUGCUACACUUUUAGAUGAUGAAACCGAAGCUCCACCAGAAUUGAAUGUGGAUAAUGAACCUUUGGCAGCUGAACAGUCGCUUUUAGUGAAAUCAAAAUCCGGAGAGGCAUCUGGCAUGCUGCUUCAUCAAACAGAUGGGCAGGGAAUGCCUGUGGCUGAAACUGUUGAUAUGAAGAAAAACUUGAUUUCGCAGAAGGGAUUGGCCGUUAAAGCUAGGAAAAAGUCUCUGCUUGCUGCGAAGGAAGCUGCUAAAGAUGCAGAUGAGGCUGAAGCCGGAAAAGUGAAGGAACAAGUUGGUGGUGUUGCUGCAAAAAAAAGACGUGGUACUCUGUUGUUGAAUAAGUCAAAGAGGCCUGUUGAAGCGGGGAAAGAAAUUGAACCCAUUUCUUAUGAUCGUGUUGAAGUAGGAAGAGAACAUGAACUUGAUUGUAAUGAUCAAUAUGAAAAUAAGGGUGGUAAACAGUCAGGGAAGUUAGCUGUGAAGAGUAGGCGUGGAACUUUACUAUCAAACAGGUCAAAGGGCCCUGUUGAAGUGAAUAAUGAAAAUGACCUUGUUGAUUGUUACGAUGGUCAAAAUGGCAGUAAAAAUUGCCCUGCAGAUCUGGCUGCUCCUUCCAACAUGACACUGGACAAUAUGGAAAUCAAAAGGAAAAAUGACACUGGUGUUUUUACUGACCAAGGCACAAGAAAGGUUUCAAAGCGCUCUGGGAAGUUAAAAAUGUCAAAUGCCCCUGCCGAAGCAGAAAUGGAAAAUGAGCCGGUCCUUGAUGGUGGACAAUACUCUGGGAAGCAGGUUGGUGCACCUGGUAUCUUAGAUAGUUCUGUGGAGGUUGACAAAGAAAACGAACCUAUCCUCGCUACUAAUUUAGAUACUAGUAAGGGUGUAAAACGUGCUGGUAAAUUAGCAGGGAAGAAGAAGGGUGGUACUCUAUUGUUAAACAAGUAUGAGGGGCAAGUCAAUGAGGAGAAUAAGAAUAAGCCAGAUCUUGAUGAUGAAGAAGUUACAAAUAAAGGUGGAAUAUUCACUGAAAAGCUGACCAGUAAGUCCAAUUCUACAAUCAAUGAGAGUGAUGCAGUUAAGGGUGGGAAACGUGCUGGUAAAUUAGUUGGGAAAAAGAGGCGUGGCACCUUAGUUAUAAACAAAUCUGAGGUGCAAGUCAAUGAGGGGAAUGAAAAUAAAUUAGUUCUUGAUGAUGAAGUUGAUACAAGUAAUGGAACUGAGAAGCUCACCAGUAAGCCCAAUUUGACAGUCAAUGAGAGUGAUGCAGCUAGCAAGGAUGGAAAACGUGCUGGUAAAUUACCUGGGAAAAAGAGGCGUGGCACACUAGUAUUAAACAAAUCACAGGUGCAAGCCAAUGAGGAGAGCAGAAAUAAGUCAGUUCUUGAUGGUGAUGAAGAUGCAAGUAAUGGAAAGGAGGAGCUGACCAGUAAGUCCAAUAUGCUAGUCAAUGAGAGUGAUACAGCUUUUUCAAAUCCUUUGAACAUUGAGUUGAAAAAGGUUCAAAAACAAGCAGCAUGUUUCAUACUUUGUGGACAUAGACUACAGAGAAAAGAGUUCCAACAACUCAUCAAGCGUCUCAGAGGAAAAGUAUGCCGAGAUUCUCAUCAAUGGUCAUAUCAGGCUUCACAUUUUGUUGUUCCAGAACCAAUCCGUAGAACAGAAAAGUUCUUUGCUGCUGCAGCAUCUGGGAGUUGGAUUUUGAAGACUGAUUACUUGAUUGCGAGCAGUCAAGCCGGAAAGUUCUUGCCUGAGGAACCUUAUGAGUGGCACAAGACUGCCCUCAGUGAAGAUGGUGCUAUUAGUUUCGAGGCUCCAAGAAAGUGGCGCCUUCUAAGGGAGAAGACAGGUCAUGGUGCUUUUUAUGGCAUGCGAAUUGUAAUAUACGGAGAAUGCAUUGCUCCACCUCUGGAUACCUUAAAGCGAGUAAUAAAGGCUGGAGAUGGGACUAUCCUUGCUACUUCUCCACCUUACACCCGUAUUCUUGAAUCAGGAGUGGAUUUUGCCAUUGUUAGUCCUGGGAUGCCACGCGUUGAUUUAUGGGUACAAGAGUUUCUCAAACACCAAAUUCCUUGUGUUUUGGCUGAUUACUUGGUGGAGUAUGUUUGCAAGCCUGGAUACACUCUAGAUAGGCAUGUUCAAUAUAACACCCACGAGUGGGCUGCUAAGUCAUUUUCAAAGCUCUUGAGCCUGUCAGAAGAGGUUGUAGCCGAUAAUAUUACACCACCAGAUGAUCAGGUUAGUGAUGACCUCGGAUGUCAAGUUUGUGGCUCAACUGAUAGAGGGGAAGUCAUGUUAGUUUGUGGUGAUGAGAGCGGUUCCACUGGCUGUGGAAUCGGAACUCACAUUGAUUGUUGUGAUCCUCCUCUCGAGAGUAUCCCUGAAGAAGACUGGUUUUGUCCCAAAUGUACUGAAUAACUUCGUAAAUGUUAUUUGAAGCUGCCAUACGCAAAUUAUUCUGCGUGUCACAGCUAAAAUCUCGGCCAUUUCACCUUCAUGUACAUCUCUUUAGUAUUGUAAAUUUUUGUAGGAAGAUGUUGUAGGAACCAAGAGUCAUGUAAUCAAUGGCUCAAAGCACAAUCUAAGUUAAAAGUUAUGUGUAGUACAAAUGUACAAUUAUCAUUGUGCUUUUGUAUUUUAUCUAGACUAAAUUUUUCAUAAGAAGCUUGUGUUAAUAAUUAUGUUUUACUUUAUAUUUUUUGCAUGAUGAAUCUUGAGAUAAGAGAAAGCGUUAUAUUUUGGUGUAUAUGUUUUUUUGGCUGCUUUAUUAAAGAGUUUGAUGUAUAAAUAAUUUUACUAAGUAAAAAUCUCUGAUUUAUGUUUUUUUGAUUCCUUGAAUUAUAAACAGUUAAAUGGGCCCAUCUUU